CACAGACGUGCGGCCUUCGAUUCGAGUAACUGCUCCGAUCGUUGGAUUAAAUUACGAUUUCUGGAAAAUUCUCUCACAAAUUUUCCGAUUAAUAAAGACAUAGAAGAUAAGUUACUGCUGAAGAGUUGAAUUGUCACCAUUGGUUUCGGAAUGGCGUCUGGUGAAGUCGAAACACACUGCUACAAUAAAGGUUGUGUGAAGAAGUUUCUCCCGUCAGAAAAUGGACCAGAGGCGUGUAUACACCAUCCUGGGGAGCCAGUCUUUCACGACGCCUACAAGGGCUGGUCCUGCUGUAAAAAAAGAACCACAGAUUUCACUGAGUUUCUUAAUAUGCGGGGCUGUACCAAGGGACUUCAUAGCAAUGAAAAACCAGCAGAAAAACCCAAACCUCAGGUCUCCAAUAAAACAAAUCAGGACGUGAUUCGUGUUGAACCACCUAAGCAACGUCGGCCGAUUGAGCCACCCACCAAAAGACCAAGUGAAUCUGAUCCUGUAGUUCGGUUACCAGUCACUGUUGGAUCAUCACUAAAAUCAGCAUUAGAGAAUCUUACUAUAAACCCAUCUCAGGACCAAAAUGAUGAACAAGUCAGUAAUGAAGUCACAGAGGGAACACAAUGCAAGAAUCGAGGCUGUCAAAAGUCGUACAUGGGAGAACAGUCGGAUUAUGAGAAGUGCCAGUUUCACCCAGGCCAGGCAGUGUUCCAUGAAGGAAUGAAGUUCUGGUCAUGUUGUGAGAGGCGGACUUCAGAUUUCACCAACUUCCUCGAGCAAGAAGGUUGCACAACCGGUACCCAUUUAUGGCUCGUAAAAGAAGAUGACACAAAGAAACUAGUCGAUUGCAGGUACGAUUGGCAUCAGACCGUCUCACACGUCGUGCUUUCCGUCUAUUGCAAGCUCUCUCAGCCAGACGUCUCGUUCAUAGAAACAAACCGGGUCUUAUUGAAUGUUGAUAUCACCUUCAAUCAGAGCAAGAACAAAUUCAAGAAAACUUUCCUUCUGGAAGGGGUGAUAGACCCGACCAAGAGCUCCAUGACGAUGCUUGGAAGCAAAUGUGAAAUCAAACUAAAGAAAGGAGAGGCUUGCUCCUGGAGGAAAUACGAGCUCCCCCUGAAGACGAGUAAAUCAGAGAGUCAAGAGAAUAAUGUUGAUCAUUGACGAAGACGAUGCCUAUGUACAGCUUUAAAGACAAGAACGCACAUUUAUUAUAGGAGCGGCGGGCCAAAGUUAAACUAGUUUCAACCAACGCAAGUGCAAAAUAAAUCAGGAACCUUUCUGAAGAAAUCGCCCGACAUCACCAGGCCAGGACUGCUUCAUUUGAAAGGCAAGGGGCACCAAGGAAUUUUAUCCUUGGUACUGCCGCAUUUCAAGGGCACCAAGGCAGAUACCAGGGGGCAUGGAGGCAACCGUCUUUGUUGCUUCGUGAAGUAUCAGGCCUGGCUUUAUAACUGAUUUUGGCUGUUGAGCCAAAUCUACUGUCAUCAGGGGCACGUUGUUAUCUACGUGUUCUCUUGGACUGAAACAGUGUAACCCCCUUUCGCAGAUAUAUUCGGUGAUGUCUUAAAGAAACAUGUUGCCUUGGAUCGGACGAGUUGGUCGCUGAAAAUCGUUUGAAAACGUUUGUUAUGAAAUGCAUU